GCGGCCUACGAGACUUUCUUCGCAGAGUUGAAUAAGAUCAACCGCGUCCUGGAGGAUGACAAGGGUUUGCUUCUGGAUGCCCUUCCGUGCUACCAUCGUCUGAAGGCGCAGAUGUUCGGGAUUCUGGACCAGACAACUGGCUUUGUUGUGGCGAGCAUCCGGAACCUUGGCAGCAAGUUCGCGUGGAUGAAUGAAAUACUAAAGACUCCGAUGGCUACUGGCCUGAGGCGAGAUGGGGAGGAGUUGCACCGCUUGGCAACUGAGAAGAGCAUGAUCGAGCCGACGGUCAUUGAUCCUUGA